GUAGUACACAUAGGCUGACAAAACAAUCAUGCUCUUGGCUCUUGAUCGCGCAAUAAUGUAACAUCGAAGAAAACAGACCUGCUCUGUCAGCAAUGAGUAGUCAAACAGAAGACCUUGUGUUUCCCUAUUGUGAAAAUGCCAGCGAAAAAUAUGAAAAGCUCACGAAAAUUGGCCAGGGCACUUUUGGGGAGGUGUUCAAGGCCCGGAACCGUGAGACCAAGAGCUUGGUUGCCAUGAAGAAAGUUCUCAUGGAAAAUGAGAAGGAAGGGUUCCCCAUCACGGCGAUACGGGAGAUCAAGAUCCUGCAGCUCCUCAAGCAUGAGAACGUCGUCAACCUUCUGGAGAUAUGCCGGACCAAAGCAGGACCAUACAACCGCUUCAAGAGCACAUUCUACCUCAUCUUCGAGUUCUGUGAGCAUGACCUGGCCGGUCUGUUGAGCAACGCCAAUGUGAAGUUCACGCUGGGGGAGAUUAAGAAGGUCAUGCAGCAGCUGCUCAACGGCCUCUACUUCAUCCACAGCAACAAGAUCCUCCACCGCGACAUGAAGGCAGCCAACAUCCUCAUCACCAAGAAUGGUACUCUCAAACUGGCUGACUUUGGUCUCGCGCGUGCAUUCAGUGCUGCGAAAGGAAGUCAGCCUAACCGAUACACUAACCGAGUCGUGACCCUGUGGUACCGGCCACCAGAACUCCUUCUAGGGGAGAGGAACUACGGUCCCCAGAUUGACGUGUGGGGGGCAGGGUGUAUCAUGGCCGAGAUGUGGACCCGGUCACCCAUUAUGCAGGGCAACACGGAGCAGCAUCAGCUCCAGCUCAUCAGCCAGCUGUGUGGGUCCAUCAACCCGGAGGUGUGGGUCGGGGUGGAUAAGCUGGAGCUGUAUGGGAAGAUUGAGCUCCCAAAAGGCCAGAAGAGGAAGGUGAGGGAGAGGUUAAAGCCGUAUGUUCGCGAUCAGUAUGCUAUUGAUCUUCUCGACAAGCUUCUCACCCUGGACCCCUCUAAGAGGCUGGACUGUGACACUGCUUUGAAUCAUGACUUAUUCUGGUCGGAUCCCAUGCCAACAGAGCUGACGCAGAUGUUGUCGCGGCAUACAACGUCUAUGUUUGAAUACCUGGCUCCGCCCCGCCGUCGUGGACCUGUCCAUCCUCAUGCACCAGCACACAGACCUUCCCACAAUCCUGAUCAGCAUUUUGAGAGGGUCUUCUGAUUGGUUGUCAGGGUGUGAGGGUCUUCUGAUUGGUUGUCAUGGUGAGAGGGUCAUCUGAUUGGUUGUCAGGGUGAGAGGGUCUUCUGAUUGGUUGUCAGGAUGUGAUGGGUAAAGCUUGCGGGGGGUAGCAGACAUCAUUUGCACAGUAAAGCCCUUAUACGGGUGUAACCCAAAGUUCUAACAUACAAUCGAUGGAAUCCUUGUGACAACCAGACCCUGAACAGAUGUUGGUUCAGAUUUCUGUACCUUAUCUAAUGAAGUGGUUUAACAAAAACGCCUGUUAAAAUCCAUGAUUUAGUUCAAGAUAUUUAUACCAAUGUCGAGAAAAGACCCUUUGAAACAACGCAAAAGAUUUUUAGUUCAAUAAUUCUACUGAACAGUCAAAUGAAUAGGAACUCCCAUACUGGAUUUAAAAAGAACGUAGUACUCAAUCAUUUUACGAAUUUGGCAGGAGAUGGAAUCAAAUUUUCAAAAGGAGGUUCGGCUUCUCUGAAGCUGACAUGAGGGUUGUACAUGUGUUUUCAUCCGUGUUUUUCUGAUGCUUUGACGCCAAGCAAUGUUUUUUGUUGGGCAGCUAAUAACUGAAGGUCAAAGCGAUCUUAGUGCGGCGAUGAUUGUAAGCCUAUGUUUAAGUAUGGGACUUACGAUCACCUUAGUGCUAAGAUCACUUUGAGGAACGGGGCCCAGGUCACUAUGUCUGUAGGUUGAUAAUCUUAGUUUAUCAUCCAAAACUGACUCCCAGAGGAGAAAUGCUCAGGUGAGAUCAAGCGAUAUCUACAUUGUAGAUAUCGCUGCAAUGAAAUUGCAUCACAGUGCUUUGCAGACCAUUGUGAUGUCAUUGGUUACCAUGACGUCACAACCAAAUGACAUCACUAAUGGCUCUGCUACUCAAGCUGUUAGCAGUAGGUGGUCAUACAAGUUGCUAUUAGUUUUAGGACAUAAUCUUGCACAAGGGAGAAUGUCUUCUGGGAGUGUUUCUGAUGGGAGAUUGUGUGAUCAGACAGGUCAUAAUAAAAGGAAGAAUUCUUGCCCCAUUUUUUUGUCAUGUUUGUUUUGUCAAAACCAUGUGGGUUGUUAAAUUGCGCUAGACUUUAUACACCCAAGGCAUGCUCAAUGCACAACAUUAUGUACAGUGUUUGAUAAAGCAAAAUAAUGACCUUGUGAGAAUUUAUUUUCAUUUUAUGAUUUCAACUAAAUUCAAAAUCUCCAUUUCAAAUUCUGCCUUGCAAUUUUUGGUUUGAAAAUUCAAGACAUGUCAAGAUUGUGUCUGGUUGUUUUCAUUCGCAAGUAGUUUGAAGGGAACGGCUUUCCGACUUUAUGCGUAUUCCGCACACAGGAUUUACAGUGCUAAGCGUUAACAAGUUAUCAAGCUCUCAUGUCCUGUCUUGACAAGUGGUUUGUUGUGUUGCCAGUUUGAAAUGGAAUCAACCCAUUGAGCAUUUUCAUGAUUAUAGUAUAUUUAAUUAUUGUUAUUAAUAUUAAUAUUAUUAUUAUCCAUGAAUGAUUGUAAUCACAGUUACCAUUGUGUUAGAGUAUGUGUGUUGGUAGUAAUACCUGCAGCCACACAGCUAGGGCGAACAGUCAAACGUUCGUUUCUACGCAGCCCUCUAAGUAGCGACCAUUUUGCUGACCAAAUGCGGCUUUAUUCUAUGACUGGCGACCUAAAUUUAUCUACUGCUUGUCACUUGACUACCUUAAAGUAAACAUUACUGGCAACAAUAUCUGUUUAAAAUAUCUGUUGGCUCCUAAAAUCUGACAGUUUGGCUCCUAAGAUACUCAUAUUAGGAGCCGCUUGACUCCCUAACAUGAAAACAAACUUAGAGGGCUGCCAUGGCGUACAGCGCGUGUUUGUUUUGACGUUGUCUGUGUAUUGUUGACAGAACAGCCUUUUAAAACUGUGGCUUAAUAGCAGCUCUGUUUGUGUCGUGUUAUAACUAGAUAUUGGGUAAAUGAUACCAACGUUGAAUGAUAUUGAAUGCUAUUUUAAUCAUUUUAUUUGCAAUUUUUGGGAUUUGAGAUCUUUUAGGUACGAAAUGUGAUUUUAAUGUGAGUUUUUGCAAAGUCAGAAUUUUAUUGUAUACUUUUAUAUUUCCCGAAUGGCAUUUUUAGUUUCCAAGUCUUUGUGGUUUGCUAAUAGUUUCCUUUCAUUGAGUGAUGUUUCAUGUGGAUGUCCCUCUAGUAGCUGUUGCUUGGAGUGGAUGUCAUGAAGAAAACACUGACGACAUUUCACCGGGCAUUGUCAGUUUUUAGAAAAGGAAAAUUUGUGUAGUUUAUGAUGAAUGUGUACAGUUUUUAGAAUAGGACAAUUUGCGUAAUUUAUGAUGAAUGUGUACAGUUUUUAGUACAAAAUAACAACUUCACACAUAAUGAACUUCUGGGUACAGAGGUCCAGACGCAGGAUGAAAGCCAGCUCGGAAAGAGCCUGGAAGGGCACAAGGUCUGUCAGUGACUUUGGACAAGUUAUAAAUAUGUUGUUGCUCUUUGCAUAACCAAAAUGAGUGGCAUUGCAAAUCUUGGACCUGUUUUCAGAACCAGCUUGAUGAUUUUCACUGUUAAUUGAUGUUUCCUAGGGGCCACUCUGCUGCUACUUGUAUUUUCCCUGAUAGACUUAGUAAUAUGGAGUCAGAAUUAUUUCAGUAAGAGGCAAAUUUAUCAUGAAUUAUUAGCAUUUUAGUCAUGUAUUAAACAGGAAGCUUCACGGUAGCCCAGAUAAUGUGACAUUGGAUUGUAAUGGCAAACAAAAUGGUCACCAAUUUGGGAAUGGUUUAAGGUAAUAUAGUGCAGAUAUCAAAUAAUUUAACACAUUCUUGUACAUUAGGUUUUGUUCCUAAUGAUGAAUUUUGCAAUGUUUCACUUUUUUCUUGUUUACAUCCAAUGAGUGAGAGAGUAUGGUUUUACGCCGCUUUUUAGCAGUAUCACGGUGGGGGACACCAGAAAUGGGCUUCACACAUUGUACCCAUGUUGGGAAUCGCACCUGUGUCUUUGGCGUGACGAUUGAAUGCUUUAACCACUAGGCUACCCGACCACCCUAUCAUCAAAGGAAGAUCUAAACAGCUAUUGGGAUUUUAUUGGGAUUUUGUUGACUUCGUCACUGUUGUAUAGUGUGUACCCCAUGCUGCUACUUCAGCACGUUUCAUUCUCUUGUUCCACAAAUACGGUACUUGUUAUUGAUUAAAAAGUGUGGAAGGAACAUGUCAGGUGUCCGCAAACCAAAAUUAUUUUUAAGAAUUUAGAGCAUUCCUGUUAUUUGUUUGACAAUAACCAUUUAAUGUAAUGGUUUUGGUAUCAUGGUGUCUUGAAUCAGUUUGUAUCAUUAAUGAAUGAUUUUUUUAUGUCAUGUAUUUUGAUGAGUUAUUGCUUGAAUAAAUAUAGGCACCUGAA